GAGAACGCACAUUUUGUCUCAUCCAGUGACAACUUACAUGCACAAUAUAUAAGGCAGCUACCGUUGACCUUUCACAUUGUGUUCGUCUAUUUGGGUGCCGUAAUACGUCGCUUAUUUGUUAAUUAGCUGCAAAGCAAUAACGACGUUUAUUUCCUUAUAGCAAUAAUUAACGAACAAAGAAAUAAUGGCUUUAAAGGCAGUAAAUGUGUUUCUGGUUAUUGCGUUAUCGGCUUGUUUGAUUCAAACUGCAAUUUGCAAGCCGAAGCCGAGAGACUCCUCCGUGGUGCCUGACCAGAGUGUCAAGCCCUUGAGCAAUGAGGAUUUGAAACCAAAGGAAGAAAUCAUACCUCGAAGUGAGACAGCUGAUUUAGCAGCAGUCAAGAUCCCUGGACGAAUUUCGUGCGAUUCCGAAGAAACGACGGAGGACCCGGUUUGUCUAGAACAUUGUCUGCCGAAAGGCUACACUUACGGUUUAUGCGUUAGUCAUACUUGUAGCUGUAUAUAAAUGGAAGUAGUUAGCAACGCAAUGUUAAAAGUGUGACUAAUAGUAUUUUAAGUUCAAAAUUAAUAAUAAAACAUGUUUUUAUCUUAAA